UGGUCGGGGACAGGAAAGGGGCGUGGAUAGGGGACAGGAAAGGGGGUUGCGUGGGAAGGCGGUGCCCGUCCGCCCUAUGCGGAUAGGUUCUACGCGGAUAAGUUGCAUCAUAUUGGUAGAAAGAGCGCAGAAUGUUCGGUAAAUGAAAUGGAAUGCUCGGUGCGUGCGUCCGAAUGUUCAUGGUGCUUCGUGGGCUCUGUGAGGGGUGGCGCCCGUGAAAAGGGGGGGGGGGCAAGGAAGUGAAGUGACGAAGGUAGGCCACAUGGAGUCAGGGACCGGCACUUGUGUUGUUGCGAACAAUUUGGUUGCAAUUUGAUGACUGCCAUUGCAUUGACCACUUUGUUUUGCGCUGAGAUAAGAUGUUUUGUUUUUAAUUUACUGCAAAAAUGUUUUGCAAUGAGACAAGUGGGACAAGGUGCGAAAAUCUCCACCCUGGGCAUGGUAGACGACACUCUCCUCGCCCAGUUCCGCCCACAUGUUUGCAUCUGUGGCAUCUGUUGCCGGUAUUGCCUCCGACGCAUUACACGUCUCCGGCAGAUGGGGUACGCCAACAUGGCCAUGGUAAACCACGGCAUCCACAUUCGGCUAUAUUCCCGCGCCUACAUCGUCUGCGACGACGUCAACUACAGAGGCUCUGGCAAGUGCUCCGUCUUCGUCAACCUUGACUGCGGCAUGACCGCCCAGAUCGUCAAGAUGGAGGUGGCAAAGCGGCUGAAGGCUGAGUUUGGCGACAUCUAUGGGGCAGAAAACAUACUGCUGUCUGCGACGCACACCCACAGUGGUCCGGCAGGCUUCCUGGAGUACGUGCUCUUCCAGAUCACCAAUCUGGGCUGGAUUCAGGAGACGUUCGACGCUCAGGUGGCCGGUAUAGUGGAGAGCAUUCGACGAGCGCACAACAACCUGUCGCCGGGCUACAUGACCUGGACCCGCGGCGACCUGCUUGACGCCAAUAUUAACCGCUCGCCGACUGCCUACCUCUACAACCCGCAGGAGGAGCGGGACAAGUAUGAGUAUGAUACCGACAAAGAAAUGUUCCUGCUGAAGAUCUUUAAUGCCGACGACUCACCGAAAGGUCUGAUUAACUGGUUCGCUGUUCAUGGCACCAGCAUGAACAACACAAACCAGUACAUCUCGGGAGACAACAAGGGCUACGCGGAGCAGAUGUUCGAGUCAAUGAUGAAUGGCGGGGCGCUGCCUGGCACGGGGCCGUUUGUGGCUGCGUUCGGCUCCUCCAAUCUGGGAGACGUUUCGCCGAACACGCGGGGAGCCAAGUGCAUCGACACAGGUCUGCCUUGCGACGCGGACACGAGCACGUGCGGGGGCCGCGUGGAGACGUGCAUCGCUUCCGGGCCAGGAAACAACAUGGUGGAGAGCACGCAGAUCAUCGGUCACAAGCAGUACGACAUGGCCCAUGGACUGUUCUUCGACAAGUCGAACCAUGGGGUGUCGGGACCGGUAGACCACAUACACCAGUACAUCGACAUGUCAAACCAACAUGUCACCUUUCAGAUGCCGGAAGGGAACUGGGUCAAGGUGAAGACGUGCAAGCCAGCCAUGGGCUUCAGCUUUGCCGCCGGCACCACUGACGGGCCAGGAGCCUUUGACUUCACUCAGUCGGACACGUCAGGCAACCUCUUCUGGGAUGCGAUUCGUAACAUGAUCAAGAAAGCCCUGACGACCAUGGCGGGCAGACGAAUCAGGGACGCGGUGGCCGCCACGUUCGCGGAGGCCGGUGAGACGGUCCAGGUGGCGAUCGCAGGCCUGUCCAACACCUACUCCGACUACGUCACCACCUUAGAGGAGUACCCACUACCACGUGAGAUGGUCCAGGUCCAUGCCCGGCACCUGUUCUACGUCACUACCUUCGAGGAGUACCACAAAACAGCGCUACGAAGGCGCGUCCCACCGUGUACGGCCCUCCACACGCAUCAGGCCUAUUUGCAGAAGUUCCAGGAGCUGGCCAGCAAGAUGAUUCAGGGAACUCCAGUGUCAGACGAGGCGCAGCCUCCGGACAUGCUCUCCAGGCAGAUGAGCUUCGUUCCGCCAGUGGUCUUCGACGCAGCGCCCCUGGGCCAGAGCUUUGGUGACGUCACCCAGCAGCCGCCAGCCAACGCGUUCCCGGGCCAAUCAGUGGCCGCCAAAUUUAUAUCGGGACAUCCGCGGAAUAAUCCGAUGACGGGCAAAUCGUUCCUGGAGGUUCUCAAACAGCAGCAGGACGGCAGCUGGGGUGUGGUCGCUACCGACGCCUCCUGGGAAACAUUUUUCAAGUGGACGCGCACCAACAGCGUGCUGGGGCACUCGGAGGUCACCUGCACCUGGAACAUUCCCGCGGACGUCGACCCCGGCACCUACAAAAUCAGGCACAUGGGAUACCACAAGCCAGCGCUGUCCUUUCUGCGACGGGUCGCGCAGAAGGUCGGUAACUUCUUCGCCAACAUGAUGGGCAUGAAGCCCAUUCGCCUGCAAACCGCCGUCUAUUACGAGGGGGAGACCAGCCCCUUCGAGAUUGCCGAGCCGUGGCUGGUUCUCCGUUCCGGAAAAUGAGCCUGUGUCGGGAAUGGGAGUACGACGAUAUCCAGGAGAAACAAAGGCAUUACGUGACGGGCUGUCUAUGUGCGCUCCACUAAUAGACAUGUUGGAAUCACGUGUUGGUUUCGUUACUUUACUGCGUGUAGCUGCCGGUAUUAUCCUCUGCGUCGUCGAGGUGACAUGGCAUACACUUUUGCAUCCAAGUGAUUUACAUGCGUGCAUAAACUAAAGGCUAGAAACUGCUAUAGAUAGAAAUUUAUCCUGGAUGCUGACAACAUUCCUUGAAGCACGCAAUGUUCUUUGCAAAUACUUUUAAACUUGCGUUAUUUACAUGAAACCUGACUAUCUAGCUGUACGCUUUUCUUUCACUGUAUGCGAAAUAACUAUCGAGAAU